AUGGCCCUCAGCUUUGUUGACAUCCCUCUCGAAUUAUUACCUAUAAUCUUUGAUUUUGUAGUCAGAGCUCAACACCUUGCAUUCUUAUGUUUGGUGAAUAAAUCAUUCAACGAAUUUGCGAUCCAAAGGCUCUACCGGCGCAUUUACAUCUACGCAUGGCACAAGGCUAAGUCAAAGGUCGUUCUGCUGUUCCAGACACUUUCGAAUUGUCCUCGUCUUGCACAAUACGUUUCACGUCUCGAGAUAAGAGCCUUUCCAAAGGCACUCUCUUCUUCGUCAUACAGCGACCUCCUGGAUCUUUGCACAAGAGGGAUACAGAAUUGUGUCAACCUGAGAUCAUGUGCCUGGACUCGAGAUGGCUCGCUGGAAUCAGCGAUUCUCCUGGCUCUACAGCAAUGUCCCCAACUUAAUGAACUCGAGAUCAACGGAAAGGACAGCGGAUACUAUGAUCCUAACAUACUUACACAGUUCUCUAAACUGUCUAGAAUAUCACUCAUAAUGCCGAGCGCGCAAGUUAUUGAAGUUCUUCCCUCCUGGAUAUCCGCUACAGGUCCAACCCUUCGGAACCUUACUUUGAUCUGCCAGACAUCGAACCUAAUCACUGAUACCUUGCUGGAAACUCUCGCUCCUAGCAUGACUGAAUUGGAUCAAUUAUUUAUUAUUGGAUGCCCAAAGGUGACACAUAGAGGCAUUGGUGAAAUUGUGUCAGCCAACCGUAAUGGCCUCACGGGUAUCGGACUCGAGAGGCUUUCCCCAGCGUUUGAUAUGACCAGUUUCAACAGCACCUGCAAGAAGCAUCGGGCGUUUAGGCGUCUCAGAUCAAUCACUUUGGCGGUUCAUAUUGAGACGCCCUUUCAGACAUGGACGAGUGAUGUAACGGAACUACUAUCCACUGCGCCAUUAGAAGUAUUACAAAUUUAUGCCACGACGCCAACUCCCAAAAUGGUUAUCGCGGACGAUUUUUGGAGAACCAUUGUCACGAUGCACGGGUCGCGCCUCAAGCGGUUUUCUAUUGACCGGAUGUCCAUUAGUAUGGGUGCAUUACAUGACAUAUGUUCCCGAUGUUCUGUUUUAGAGCAACUGUUUGUCGUCACCGCGCGGCAUAAUUUGGAUGAUGUGACCCGCUGUUUCGCCGUUGCUCGUAACCUCCGCGAGAUUCAUGUCAAUUUUUAUCGUGAAGUAGAUGAAACGGAAGAGCGGUCCAUGAUGAAAGAUGCUCUGUACAUUGUCCAACAAUGUCCUGCCACAGUGACGCAGAUUGGAUGCGAUACAAGGGUUUGGCACGUACGACGUGAGUUGCGGAUGAACGACAAGAGUGAAUUAUACACCGUACCUACCCUCACUAGUUAUGAGAAUCCGGAUAUACCGGAACAAUUUCUUGUCGCUCGAGGGGCGUAG